AUGGCAGCAGCUGCUUCUUCUUCAUCUCCACCUGACCACCGUGAUUCCUCCUAUCCGGGAGAAUGGGAGUACGAUGUCUUCUUGUGCUUCAGAGGCGGCGACACCCGCAAUGGUUUUACAAGCCACCUAAUGGCUGCUCUCUCCGACAAGAAAAUCAAAGCCUUCAUCGGCACCAUGCUCCGUAAAACAGAGUCCAUCGACGAGCUCUGUAACAUUCGGUCUUUGGUGAAGGGAAGGGGAGUUGUAACAUUCGGGUUAGUUGUAAUAGAUUGGAAGUCUGGGUCCAGGCAUCACAAGCUCCUCUCCGUCCUCCAAAGAUCUGUGCUUUCGAUCGUGAUCUUCUCCGAAAAGUUUGCGGAUUCACCCUGGUGCUUGGACGAGGUGGCCACGAUUGUCCAAAGCAUGUCCAAAUUCGGGCAUCGAGUGUUGCCGGUGUUCUACAAAGUCCGUUGGGCUGACGUGGCAGGGGACUCUGGCCGCUACUCUGCCAUCAUCAAUGGCGAGCUUAAAUCGAGCUCCGAGGACAACAAGAAAUGGAAAGAUGCUCUGAAAGCGGUGGCUAACUGUGCUGGACAUAUUUUAUCUAAAUGGAUUGAAUCUGAACUGAUUAAGGAGAUCGUGGAAGAUGUUCAGAAGCAACUCAUAGACAUGUCACCAAGCAUGAGGUCAGAUAACAUGGUUGGUAUGGGUUCACGCGUUUUGGAGGUUGAGCGACUGUUAGCCAUGGACGAACUAGGUGAUACUCGCAUCAUUGGCCUAUGGGGAAUGGGUGGUUUGGGGAAAACAACUCUCGCCAAUGCUUGCUACGAUAGGGUGGUUUCUUCCACAAAAGACAUCAAGCAUCAUUUCAUUCGGAACAUCAACGAAACUUGGGAAAGGCAGCAUGGAGCAGAAGGAUUAGUGUGCGAACUCUAUUCAAAAUUAUUGUCCGAGAUUAAUCUAAGUCGUGAAGAUUUAGAUGUGAAUUAUCGGAGAGUACGUCUUUCUCGCUUGAAGGUGUUCAUUGUUCUUGACGACGUGGAUACUCUUUGCCAGUUAGAGCAAUUGAUUUUAUGCGACGUCUUCAACCUGACCAAACUCUUUGCCGCCGGGAGCAGAAUCAUCGUGACAACAAGAAACAAAAAAGUUCUCCAAAAUGCAAUGGCAAAGGUGUAUGAUAUGAAGUGCUUGAAUGACGAUGAAUCUAUCCAACUGUUCAGCUUGUGUGCAUUUGGAAAGAAUUGCCCUCCUGUUAAUUGGAUGGACAUGUCGCGUCGUGCAACAUCGUACUGUAAGGGCAACCAGUUGGUCCUUAGAUUUUUGGGGCGCUCAUUGUUUGGCGAGGACAUAGACUACUGGGAAAGUUUCUUAGGUGGAUUGAGUAUGAUUCAACACCUGGAAAUCCACGAUGUUCUUAAGAGAAGCUACGAUAAAAUGGGAGCAGAUGAGCAGCGACUCUUCUUGGAUGUUGCUUAUUUUCUACAUGGAAUGUCUAGAUCUAGACUGAUUGGAUAUAUGGAAACCUUGUAUUUGUCCGCUCGUGCUAAAGUGAAGGACCUAAUUGAUAAGUCUCUCUUCACCUGUGUGCCUAGCAUGGAUGGAGAGAAGAUCGAGGUGCACGCUUUUCUAAAGGAAAUGGCCAUGAGCAUUGGCAAACACACAAGGUUGGUAAAUCCUGAUGAUAUUCACCAAUUGCUGGCGAAUACUGAGGUAAGAAGUUGGGCAAAUUUUUUCACAUGUCCCUUCAAAGCCAUAGAGAUGAUGGUUCUACCAAGAAGGAAAAGAAGAAAAGUCACCGACUCGCAUCGAAAAGGCAACUGUGCGUUUGAGGGACUUGGAACUAUUGAAGGCAUCAGUUUACAUCUUGAAUCAGUAGAAGAGAUGCACUUGGAAGCUAAUGCUUUUGAAGGGAUGCAUUCUCUUACAUUUCUCAAAUUUUGGUGGUGGGAUGAUCAUAGCAGAAUGGAGAAGAAAAUUCAUUUGCCAUUUGGUGGGCUCGAGUCACUUCCUGAUGGGUUGAGAUGGCUGGAGUGGAGAGGAUAUCCUUCAAAAUCACUACCUUUCGGAUUUUAUCCCCAAAAUCUCGUCCAUCUUAUUAUAAGAGAGAGUCCAGUAGAAAAAUGCUGGGAAGGAUUUAACCAACCGAAACUAGUGAAUCUGAUGGUGCUCGAUCUUUCCUUUUGCGCCAAUCUUACCGCAAUCCCAGAUCUCUCGUCCUCUUUAAAACUUGAGGACCUCCUACUUUCGGGAUGCAAAAGUCUAGUUGAAGUGCCCUCUUAUGUACAAUAUCUGGACAAUCUGAUAACACUUAACCUUGUACGUUGUGUGAACUUGGAGCGUCUUCCAUCAAAACUCAACUCAAAGCUCCUCAAGCAUGUUUACAUAUGCUUUUGUCCAAAGGUCAAGCAUUGUCCGGAGAUUGAUUCAGGAGAGUUGAUAGGAUUGAAUCUAGAUGAGACUCCUGUCAGAGAGUUACCAAGUGCAAUUUGCUGUGUCAAGAAAGGUGGCAUCCUACGUCUCUUUGGUAAAAACAUCAUCGACUUCCCAAGAAUUUCAGCAGGCUUGCAAGCGUAUAGGUUGUCGGAUACUGCAGUGAAAGAGAUGAAUUCUUAUGAUAUGGCCUCUCCUGUGUUUUUGCCGAAGUUUGGUUCGCUGGAGUUGUUUGGUAACUUGCAACUCAGGAGCCUGCCAAAGCAUAUAUGGAACAUGGUCUCUUCUCUCGAUAUUAAGGGCAGCCCACUUCUUGAGAGUUUGCCAGAGAUCUCAGAGUCUGUGACUCGUUUUUUCCUACUUCGGAUAACUGACUGUACAAAUAUCAGUAGCCUCCCAUCUAACAUCAACAAUUUAGUAUCUCUACAGGAUCUCUAUUUGACAAAGGUCGGCAUUAGGUCUUUACCUUCCAGUAUCCAGGAGCUGGGCCAAGGCCAACUCCGGUCAAUAACUUUGAGCAACUGCAAAAGUCUCGAGUUUAUCCCGAGCAGUUUCCAUAAGCUAUCUAGGCUAUACAAGCUGUGCUUGAAGGGAUGUGGGAUGAUUCUAUCUUUGCCGGAGCUUCCAUCAAGUCUCGUCGAUUUGGAUACAGUUCCUCAUGGGAUCCUGGCAAAUUACCCGAUAUAUGCACCGUCAUUUGAUCUUUAUCAGAGGUACGAGUUUCGAUAUUCAGGGAGCGAGAUUCCGGAAUGGUUUACCUACAAAAGUGUGAAGGAUAAGGAUAGUUCAUGUUUGAUGGUGCAACUGUCUCCUAUUAAUUGCACUAGUAUUGGUAAGCAACCAGUCAAAGGAAUUGCAUUUGGUGUGGUGUGUUCAUCUUCUAUUAAUCCAUGGCCGGCUAUGAAAUGCGUUUGCAACAUCGGCACCACAACUGUUGCCUCCUGGAGAUUUUAUGUUCCUCGGGAUGUCACGAAGUCAUCAGACAAUGUGCUGCUGUGGUUCACAUCAGGUCAGACAGUACGCGGACUUGGAGAAGGAGAAGAAGCAUUGUUUGUGAAAUAUGCUGGCCACACCGUUUCCUUCUGUUUCUACCCUUGUGAUCCAACAAAUGCCAAGCAAUGGAAGAAGUUGAAAAUCAAAAGAUGUGGUUUCUCUCUACUGUACUCAGUUUAG